AAAGAGUGGAAUUCCCUACUGACGCAAAAUAGUCAUAUGUGGUCAGAUCAGCUGAUGUGCAGAACAUAAUGGAUUAUUCUCACCUGUAUAUAUAGAUGUCAGAAAGGAAAUAAUUGUAAAUAUGUGGCGUCCUUCUGUUCAUGUAUACAACUUAAUAUAAAGGAAAGGGUGUAUUUUCAUGAAUUAUUUCCCUAAAAUGUCAAUGACUAUUGUUUGCUGGUUUAGGAGUUUUGCUCCGCCCCCUGUGUUUGUCGUAAACCUGGCUCCUGGCUCCAAUAAACCCGGGCUAAGAGCGCCCUGGGCUCGCCUCCUUCUCCAAGGCGAUCAAUAGGAUCUCAGGCGCACUACAAGCACUCUCUUACGUAGACAUCCACCAAGGAGAGAGCCGAUACAACAACACGGUUGAUCUGCUCAAACACAAAAAUCUACCUGCUUUCCGAAUCAUGUCGUUGAGCCCAAAGCACACAACGCCUUUUUCAGUGACAGAUAUUUUGAGUCCAAUCGAGGAGACCUACAAGAAGUUUAGUGGCAUGGACGGCGCAGGGAACCUAACCUCUCCACUGGGAGCCUACCGACAACCUCAGGUGUCUCAGACCGGCAUGCAACAACACUCCAUGGGCCAUAAUGCCACCGUGGCCACCACUUACCACAUGCCGCACACCGUCUCCCAGUUCUCCCACAGCGCAAUGGGGGGAUACUGCAAUGGAAGCAUUGGCAACAUGGGAGACCUCCCGUCGUACCAGGAAAGCAUGCGGAAUAGUGCAGCAGCAACAGGGUGGUACAGCGCCAACCCUGAUCCAAGAUACUCUACAAUUUCUAGAUUCAUGGGACCUUCCACAGGUAUGAACAUGACCGGCAUGGGGGGUCUCACAGGAAUGGCGGACGCCACCAAAUCCAUGCCAGCUCUCCACGCAGCGCCCAGGAGGAAACGGCGCGUCCUGUUCUCGCAGGCUCAGGUUUAUGAGCUGGAGAGGAGGUUUAAGCAGCAGAAAUACCUGUCGGCGCCUGAGAGGGAGCACCUGGCCAGCAUGAUUCAUCUGACGCCGACCCAGGUGAAGAUCUGGUUUCAGAACCACCGGUACAAGAUGAAGCGCCAGGCCAAGGACAAGGCAGCGCAGCAGCUGCAGCAGCAGCAACAGGACGGUAACCUGUGCCAACAGCAGGCGCAAUCCCCGAGGCGCGUAGCCGUGCCAGUUCUGGUGAAGGACGGUAAACCGUGCCAGAACGGCUCUAACACGCCGACGCCGAACCAGCAACAGGUACAACAGAGCCAACAACAAAGUCAACAACAGAACGGGGCCGGAGUUGUGCUCGCAUCCACGACCAACAACCUCACCCAGCAUCAAAGCCAGCAGCAGGUGAACGCUUUGGAGCUGGAGGAGAUGUCGCCCAGCCCCCCCUCACUGCACAGCCAGCUCAACAUGGCCCAGAUAGACACAUCUGCUGUAGAUUACACCAGUAACAUGGUCAGCUCAAACCUCCUCUACGGCAGGACGUGGUAGGACUUAAUACAGUACUGUCACUUUCCACUUUUUCUAUGUGAACCUGCGGAUGAGCCCAUGCAACAGCAGAACGCACACAUAAAUAUAUAUGUGUGUGUGUGUGUGUUUUUAUGUAUAUGUAUAUAUAUGUUUAUAUACAUAUACACACAUGUUACACAUAUAUAUAUAUAUAUAUAUAUAUGAAGGCUGAAAAUGGGGCCCGUUGGUGUUAGAGGGGACAAGGCGCACAGAGGCGCACCAGCUGAUCAGGGCACAUUUUCUUGACAUCUCUGAGAGGGGAGUCUAUUUUUGAACAUUACAGAAAUGGCUGCCCUUGAAAGCAAUUAUGUCGUUUCUGGACCUUUUGUAAUCCAUGUUUUGGACCUUCCUCAUGAUGUUUUAAACGUAGUCUAUGUUGUUGAAACACAAAGGAAUGCUGCUUCACUUGAGUGCGGACUGUGGGGAAAGGUGGGAUCAGGUUUGAAGUACACUAAGCCACCACUCCUUAUUUGCGGUGAUAACCUGGUAUUUUAUCAUAUUAAUAUUGUAAACUAAUGUAUUCAUUUAGACUUAUUAAAUAAAGUAGGGACUUGUAUAUUUGGCUAACACACAAGAAUGCGUUUAACUGUAUAAUAAUCGUUAUUGCGUCCACUUUUAUGUUUUCUUUAUUCUUUUGUAAGUUAAAAAGGAACAAAUGCGUGAUGGCUGCUGUAUAUGUUUCAAAACCAAGUGAACGUUAACAAUAAAUAACUUGAAGUGUGA